CCGGCCGGUGUGGUCGUGCCGUUUAUUUUUAGCUAAGUGAGUUAGUGAACUUGUUUUACAGUGAGUAUUGUUUUUCCUUGUUAUGUUUUAGGAAAACAAUUGGUUUAUAUUUGCAUAUGUAUUGGGUAUGAGAGAGGAUGGCUCGUCUACUCUGUCUUGCCCCAAUUUUUGGGAUCAUUGCAGUGAUUGUGUACUUCGCAUUCCUGAAGAGUCCCCCACCGGUACCUGAUUUGCCGAUAGACGAAUGGUGGGGCCCAGAAUCCAAGAAAGGAAAGCAGAAUGACCUGGUCAAACCUUUUCGUAUUAAAUUUGACAAUAUGAUGAUUGGAGACCUUAAGCAAUAUAUAAAAAUGACACGUAGUAGUGCCUUCCCUCCACCACUGGAGGGUAUAAGCUUCGAAUAUGGUUUCAACUCCAAAGAAAUCGAUGGCUGGCUAAAGUAUUGGGGAGAAGAAUACGAUUUCAGUGCACGAGAGAAAUUUCUGAAUCAGUACAAUGGUUACAAAACUCAUAUUCAGGGAUUGGCCAUUCAUUUCGUCCACGUGAAACCUGAGGUACCAGAAGGUGUAAAACACGUCCCAGUUUUAAUGAUUCAUGGCUGGCCAGGUUCUGUACGAGAAUUCUACGAAGCAAUUCCGCACCUAACAGCUACUGAUAAAAGCAGAGACUAUGCUUUAGAACUCAUCAUUCCCAGCUUGCCUGGUUAUGGAUUCUCUGACGCAGCUGUCCGUCCAGGUCUUGGGGCGCCAGAAGUGGCUGUAAUUUUAAAAAAUCUUAUGCAACGGCUUGGUUACAAGCAGUAUUACGUUCAGGGCGGCGAUUGGGGUUCUAUUAUUGGCAGCCAUAUUGCUACUUUGUUCCCUUUCGAAGUCCUAGGCUACCAUAGCAAUAUGUUAUCGUCAAUGUCAUCAACAGCCACAUUAUUAGAACUGCUGGGUGCAAUCUACCCGCCACUCUUCAUGGAUCAGAAUUUAGCUGAGAGAAUGUACCCUCUAGGAAAAAAAUACUCUUUCUUGCUGCAAGAAGCGGGGUAUUUGCACAUACAAGCUACGAAGCCUGAUACUGUAGGUGUAGCCCUCUCCGACUCACCAGCAGGUCUUCUAGCGUACAUCUUGGAGAAGUUCUCCACGUGGACUGACAGGAAUCUUAUUUCAAAUCCCACUGGAGGCUUGACUAAUCACUUCACUAAGGAACAGCUUAUUGAUAACCUGAUGUUUUAUUGGGCUACUAGUUCAAUAACGACAUCAAUGAGAUUGUAUGCUGAAACAUUUAGCAAGAAAACUUUUGCAUAUAAAUUGGAUGACAUCCCCACAUAUGUUCCAACAUGGGGCAUCCAAGCAAAGUACGAGCUCGGCUACCAGCCGCCGUUCAUUCUUCGACAGAAAUAUCCCAACCUUUUGAACACUACAGUCCUCGAUGACGGUGGACAUUUCUUAGCUCUACAGCUGCCAAAGAUUUUUGCAGAAGACGUUGUUAAAGCUGUUGGGGAAUUUAGACGAUGGCAUCAAAUGAAAAGAAAGACUGAAUUGUAA